AUGGCCGCUGUCGUUGCACAUCAACAAGCUGCUCUUUGGCAUCGACGACUUGACCAUUUUCACAUCCCCGACGUCCACUUCACCGGCAUGAUGCCACAAUACGAAAACCAAAGGACUGGUGGCAGUGCACCGACAUCCCGAUCGUUCCUGCCUGCGACAACGCAAAUGGACUUGAGUCUGCCUCUAUUCUCUGCGAACGGACUCCCAACAUCGGUGCCGUACCAAUCAAGUGGAACUUUUGCAUACGGCUCUUCUGUCGAUCCCUACAACAUGCAGCAGAGUAACAUGCAACACUCGUAUUCGAUGAACUACACAUCCAAUCUUUCACCUGCGGUCUCAUAUGCCGACAGGACUGAGCAUCAGUCACUUGCCAACGUCCACGAAGCUCGCCACGCCUUUGCUCUCGAUAACGCUCAUUUGGUCAAAGCGGAAAGCGCAUCUCCCGCUCAAUCUAGUCCAGUAUACAACAAUACUUCAUACACUUCAGAGUGCAAGAGAUCUUCUUCUGAACCAAUGGACCCGUCCAACAUCAACUUCGCUACGGACGUCGACACUUUGAUGAAGGCAAUCCAGGCGAAGCAGACGACAUCGACACAGCAGCAAGAAGCACCUCCCAAAUUCGAUAUACUGAUCACAUCACAGCGUGAGGAGCCAAAAGUCAGCCAAAAGCCGCGUAAGCGGUACCAGUGCCACAUGCCAGACUGCAACAAGAGCUUCUUCCAAAAGACGCAUCUCGAGAUCCAUAUACGGGCACAUACUGGAGCGAAGCCAUUCGUAAGUCUUUCCAACCAAAAGCUCAGGGCUUCUAUUAAUCGAUUCCCAGGAGUGCAAGGCACCAGGAUGUGGUCAAAGAUUUUCUCAACUAGGCAACUUGAAGACAAGGAGUUAUGGGAGUACUUUGCGUCCCUGUACAAGAACUCCAAUAAGGGCAUAAAGGGACGCGGGAAAGACCGGAGAAUAUCUGCCAUGUCCUCUUCAGCCUCUGUCCAUCCCUUGUCGUACUCGACGAUGCCCACGUCUAACAAUCGAAGCUAUCCCGGAUUGUACAACCACAACGGUAGUGACCGCAGCAGUCGCAGUUCGUCGGCAUGUACGGAUCUCAGCAACCAGCGCCCAGAGCCUAAUUACGACUUCAACGCACCUAUGCAGGCGGGUUAUCCGACACAAGGGACAGGUUACGAUGACAUGGUUUUCCCCGAACGCAAGAUGUACUGA